GCUCGGAGCGUCUGUUUGCCCAGAUUCACAGAGUCACACGUCACACUUCAGGUUUCGAUCAGUCCAGAUCAGCGAUCUCAGCGAGAUGAUAGGCCGCAGCCUCGCCGUUCUAUAUGGCAUUGCCCUCGUGUCGUCGAUGGGCGUGAAAUCUGCCCAAGCAGCCUACGCCGACGACUGCACCACUCCGGAUGGCGACCAGGGUAGCUGCAUGCCCUUCUCCUCCUGCCGGACCAUCGAGGAGCGGCUCACAAGUGCCCAGAAGUCGGGACAGAAGGUGCCGCCCGAGUACGCCGCCUAUCUGCAGAAGGCCUCCUGCGGCGAGUUCAAUGGAGUGCGCCACUUUUGCUGUCCCGCCGCCCAGAUCCAACACAACUCCAAGGUGAUGAGCCUUUUUAAGGACGAGAACUUUGACUGCGGCAACUUCCUUAAUCAGAGGGUGGCCAAUGGAUACGAGGUGAAGCUCUCCUCCAGACCAUGGAUGGCUUUGCUCCGUUACCAGCAGUUUGGGGUACCGCGAUUCCUCUGCGGCGGAGCCCUCAUCUCCGAGCGUUACAUCCUGACGGCUGCCCACUGUGUUCACGGUCUUCAGAAUGAUCUCUAUGAGAUUCGCCUGGGCGAGCAUCGUAUCUCCACGGAUGAGGACUGUCGCCAGCAGGGACGUAAAAAGAAAUGUGCACCGCCAGUUGUAGAUGUGGGCAUUGAGAAGCAUCUGAUCCAUGAGCACUACGAUUCCCGUCACAUCAUGAAUGACAUUGCUUUGCUGCGUCUGAAUAGAAGUGUUCCAUUUCAGAAGCACAUCAAACCCGUUUGCCUGCCCAUCACGGAUGAGCUGAAGCAGCAGGCGGAGCAGAUAAACACCUACUUUGUGACUGGCUGGGGAACCACGGAGAAUGGCUCCUCCUCAGAUGUGCUGCUCCAGGCGAAUGUCCCCCUCCAACCACGAUCAGCCUGCUCCCAGGCCUACCGAAGGAUGGUGCCCUCCACCCAGCUCUGCGUGGGUGGUGGCGAUCUGCAGGAUUCCUGCAAGGGCGACUCCGGUGGCCCACUCCAAGCUCCAGCUAAUUACUUGGGUGGGUUCGCUCCGAAGAUGGUGGAGUUUGGAAUCGUAAGCCAGGGCGUGGUCUCCUGCGGGCAGAUCAGUCUUCCGGGUCUGUACACCAACGUCGGGGAGUUCGUCCAGUGGAUCACGGACACCAUGGCCAGCAAUGGCCUUUAAGGAGGGCCAUCAGUUGUUAGAGUGUAUCUUAGUAGUUAGUCCAACCCAAAAAAUAUAUCAUACACAUAUUUGUAAACGCAA